AUGGCUUCCUUCGAAUUUGAUAACGUCAAGGCCGAGAAAGAAGAUGCCUUAUGGAGAUACAACUUGGAGAUGAAGUUGAGGAUCGCUCCUCGUUUCAUUGGUUUUUUGUUGCUCUUCUUCUUGCUAUCAUGGCCUUGCUUCCCCGCCUUCCGGACUGCCUGGGAUUUUCGCCGCUGUUUUAUUUCUACUUUUAACAAGCCUCUCUUCACGUUCAUCGUCGUAAACAUCAUCAUCGUUGCUGUUUAUGUUUUGUCUACCAAGAAAAAGACCCAUAAACAGAGCUCUACGAACGAUAUCUACGACGAGUACAUCAGCUCUCGACGGAGUAUACCUGCAUCUACCGUCGUCACGACCGCCAUAUCCAACUCUCGGAUCGCGAUGGACAAACAAAGGGUCAUGGUGGAAAAUGCGGCUUCUAUUUCUCAAGUAAAGCGUCAACCUGUGACAGUUGAUACAGUUACUGAAACUAAAACUUCCCUUCCAACAGUUAAACCACAGCCUAAGAAGAUCCGUGCAGAAGUGAAGCCAAAGCAGUACCGAAGAAGUAGAUCAAUGGCUUCGGAAUCUCGACGGGAACGACCACGAGAACGGGAGUUACGGAGUGUGAGCAGUCGAGAAUUGGGCAGGAAAUCAAUGGAAGAGAUGAGCAAUCAAGAGUUUCAGUUGAUAAUCGACAGGUUCAUCGCUGAAAGGAAGAAGACUCUGAUGCAAGAAAAUACUGCCCAGGAGAAAAUUAAGCAUGUUAGGUAUAGAGGAAAUGAAUGA